UGACAAAAGAAGCCAAUUUAUCCCCAAAUGUUAGACAGACUGCCCAGUGAAAACAUCUCAGAACGCUCUUAAUCCUUUUACAAGUCAACCAUGAAGCUGUUCUUGUGCCUCUGUGUUCUUUUUGCCAUCGCCCACUCCAUUCCCGUGGCAAAGGAGGAGCCCAAAAAGCCCCUAAGUUUCGCCCCAGUCGAAGGAGCUGAGGACACCGCUGCCGAGGAAGGAGUCGACCUGAAAGCCGCCGAGGCUGCGUGGGGAUACGGUUACAGAGGACAUGGGUACGGGGGCUACGGUGGAUACGGAGGAUAUUAUGGCGGAUGGGGACACAGGAGACACGGAUGGGGUGGUUACGGCAGUUACUCACGUGAGAGCUUCUCUGCCAGCGAUUUCUUUGGAUAAACUUCAUAAUUACUCUUGACCACGAUUGGAAACAUAAGUGAAAAUGUGAAGGAAAAUCAGGUAUAAUGAAUGACAAAAAAAUCAUUCUCUUAAUUUUAGCAGACACGGAGAAAAAAUAAUAAAAAAACCAUGCGAAGAUCAACAAUUCAGCUUAGACGCAUGUCAAGAUCAAAUAAAGCAGAAGAAUUUCAUGCUACUUUUUGCGUUCUCGACAUCACAACAAACUUGUUAGCUUGAGACGAAAUAGAUUUUUU